GUCAUGCAACAACCAGGAAGAGCUGGCCGCACUCAUCAUCCAUCUCAUGGAGGCCUCGGGAACCCAGCCCAACCUGCUGUACCAGUUGCCAGACGAUAAUCUACUCAUGCGUCCAAAAAAGCUCCCCCGCUUGACAGAGUUGAGUGACCUGCUUUUGGAUGAAGCUCCGUCUCGGGAUAUCCAUGACGGCCCAGCUUCGUUCAACUUGAUGAACCAGCUCCUCACACUGGCAACCAAAAGUAUAGCACUCUGUCGGGGAGCUCAUCUGGGCUCGCUCAAGCUUUACCAGAAGAAGUUCCUGAAGCUUUGUUUCGUUAAAUACGAAUCAGCCUCCAACCUGCGUGGACCCACUUCUCUCGAAGCACAGGCAGCAGACAAGCGUGCAUGGUCGCUUAUCGCUGAACUUGUCAACAUUCAUGCAUGGAAGCUGGACGACACCCUGCACGAGGUCACCCAGGUUCGUGCCGACCUAAGCACGCUUCUUGCACCGCGAGCCCAUAUACCCAAGCACCUUUUCCAGCUUAAAGAUACUUGGAGACCUCGUCAUGAAGGCAAAGGCAACCGCCCCAACUUUCGAGGUAACGGCAAGGGCGGCAAGGGCAAAGGCGAGCACCAGUGGCAAACUGAGGAGGCCCCAGAGAGGGCAGCGCGCGGCGGCAAGGGCAAGAAAGGCGCAAAUUCCAGCCCCGGCAAGUGGCUCUCUACCCUCUUUAUGGAGGGCAAGCAGCACACGCUUUGCAUGUGCUAUCAGCAAGGCCAGUGCAAGGAUCCUUCCACUUGCCGCUACCUUCACAGAUGCGCAGUGCCGAAGCCAGAAACACGCUUCGGUGACCAGCGGGAGUCAACCGAGGUGGUGCAAGCCGUCCCGCUUUGUGUACCCGCUCGCCCGGCAGGCGCACAAGGAACGCUUCAGCCUCAGCCAGAGAUUGCUGCGCGAGAUAGCUCAGCGGCAUCACGCGCUAUGUCUGCGAGUGACUUCAGUUUCUCCACUUGUUUGUCGCUUUUGGAGGAAUACUUUUCCGAUGCCGCGAACUUCACGCGACAAUCUCAAGACAUAGCAAUCGCUCAGGCCGAUGCUUAUUUCAACCUCGGGGCCUUCGGCUUUGACGAUGGCAAAAGAGUGGGCAUCUUUCAGCGUACAGAGCAAUUCUCCGACAUUGUACGCUUUUUGAACUCAUUCCUUUCUCUGCUUUUCCCGGGUAGCAGCUGGUCUUCUAUCUGUGUGAGCCACAAUGUUCGCACGCUUUUACAUACAGAUGCAGGCAACCAACCGGGUAGCACCAAUUUUUCUAUCUCAUUGGGCAACUUUUGUGGUGGAGAAGUAUGGAUGUCACCGCCUUUGAACGUGAAUUCUCCACUUGUGUCGGCCCCACAGGACUCAAGCUCUAAUGCCUUUUCCAGCUCUGAGGUGCAGCUUGGGGAGCUCAUUGACACCUUUGAGAGCGCUACCGCUUUCCCUUGCGAGCACAUUCACUGCACAUGUCCAUUCUCAGGUGACAGAUGGGUGCUUACAGCUUACACAUGUCGUGGCUUGGCGAGUUUCACACCGGAGCAAAUUUCUUACAUCCGUUCUCUGGGUUUUCCGCUUCCGGGGGAUACAAUUGCAGUUCCAGCUCAGCAGCCAGGGCCCACAGUGCAGCCUGCGAAGCUGGCAAACACAGCUGAGCCCGGCUUCUUUCUUGAUGUUUGCUGUGGGGCCAAUGCUCCGCUUUCAGAUCAACUGUAUCAGUCGGAUCUUCUUUGCUACCUACGCAAGGAGUGGCGGCAGUGGCUUCUGGAAAAGCACAUUCCCGAAAGACUCGCUCAGCACGUUUCGGAGCAUCGCGACUCACCGCUUUUCUCUGAGAGCGACUGGGAUUUCUCUGUCAUGCCAGACCUCGAAACCGCUUUUCAGCGAUGGGGAAAAGAUCGGGUGGCGGUCGGGAAAGUCAACAUCGUCAAAGAUAUACAAUCCGCUUUCCCGCUUAGGGAAGACAAUGAAGAGGGCAAGGGCUUUAGCCUCGACGUGAAAGGCGCUCACAAGACGUCCAGGGUACGUGAGCGCGACAUUGGGCUUUUGGGCAUGAGACGGCAGGAGCGACUGCUUUUCUAUCGCGUUUGUCCCUUCGGGGCCACUUUUUCGAGCCAUUGGUUCGCCCGCAUUGGUGGGUUCUUCACCAGGUUGUUUCAGAUUGCCUUCGACACCGCCAGGCCGCUUGGCGCCAAUGUCAGUGUCAGCCCCACUUUGUGGGCCGGCAUCGGCAGCCACCUGGAUGAGGAGCUCCGCUUUACAUCAUCGCCUCCCAGCUCAGCGGUGUGCAAAGGUUCCUGUCAGCGCCAAGAGGAUAUGGAUGCGGAUGGCUGA